AUGGUUAUAGGAGAUGACCUAUAUGGUGUUGAUCAUCAACGCUUAUAUGGUGUUGAUCAUCAAAGCUCUGAAUCUCAUCAAAGCUCUGAAUCUAUGAACACAGAAAGCGAUGAUGUGAACGCCCAGCUAAAAAGCCGGAGAAUGAGUUCAGAAUCUGAAGAAGAUGGUCUGUCAAAAAAGUUCCGAACAUCCCCAGAAUUCAACUCUAACUCAGAGGAUACAGAACUUAUUGGUCUAACACUAAGCAAGACACCAUCUUUCGUGAACUUAUUAGAAUCAAAACUUUCACAGGUGAAAAUGAAGAACAACAGCUCUACACGCCGGGUAGGAAGGCCAUCAAAGUCUUCCCGCAACAUGGAAGAUUUUGCUAUUGUUUCAGAAAAAUUGAAGGCUGCCAACUUUCCUGCUAUAAAACUCAUUAUUGGUGUUUGGGAGAGAGUUUCGAAGCAUGAAGGUGAUCUGAUAGCGAAAUGCUAUUAUGCAAAGAGAAAAUUAGUUUGGGAACUUCUAGAUGGGCCUCUUAAGAGCAAAAUUGAAAUUCAAUGGUCAGAUAUCAUUGCUAUUAGAGCCAUCAUGCCACCAGGUGAACAACCAGGAGUUCUUGAGCUUGAGUUGAAAGAACCACCUACGUUUCAUCGUGAAACAAAUCCUCAACCUCGAAAGCACACAUUGUGGCAGCAGACAUCUGAUUUUACUGGAGGUCAAGCUCUUAUUCACAGGAGGCAUUGUGUUAGAUUUGCUCCAGGAGUACUUGACAGGCACUAUGAGAAGUUGCUACGUUGUGAUGCAAGGCUGAAUGAACUAAGCAAAAAACCUUUCCCUAGCCAAAUAUGUCCUUUUUUUGAACAACCAGAUUAUUAUAAUAAUGAUCAGGUUUCAGAUUUCUCAAUUGGCAAUGACUAUGGAUCACAACUUCUUCUCAAUUAUCCUUUUCAUCAUUUGCCUUCUUCUUCGUCAUUACUCCCUAAUGUUCGUGAACCUCUUCGACAAUUCAGUUCAAGUUAUCCCGUAGCAGGUGAGAGUAUAAGUGGGCUUUGGGGUGGCCAAGGAUCAAACAACUUGGUGAAUGUUGCUGCUAUGGGAAAUCAAGCUAUUGGAAUGUUGCCCGCGGGUUCAACACCAGAUCAACAAGCUGAUUGGAUUACUACAACACAGGAUCAUCAAGCAAUAAUGUAUCAGCAAAAUGACUCGAUAGGAAAUGGUCAAGUGGAUCACACAAUGCUAAACAAUUUAAAGAACUAUUUGCUGGAGGAAAAUCAAGUUACAUCCUACAACGAACCAGCAUUUCCCUACUCAUUGCCCGAGCACCAUGAAAAUAGAAGCCUUGUUGCUGCUACUGGUGGCCUAGACUCCAGUUAUCAGAUGGUGAACAACAAUUAUGCAGAGAAUGUUGUACCAAACUAUGAAAUGGCGUAUAUGCAGCCAAAUACCAAUUGGAUGUUUCCUCAACAAGCAAAUGAUCAAUAUUCUACCAACUAUGCUACAGUUAGCGGAGGAUAUCCAACUCAAGAUGUGAACCAAGAAGCACAGUCCGUAUGGAAAACAACAAACUAA